AGCAAAUAGAAAACAACCAAGAAUGUGAAUUCACUGUCAGCUUUGAACACUGAACAAGAGGAUUAUAUUUGUUUCUGGCAAACAUGAAGUCAGACUUCUGGUGUUUCUUUCUCUUCUGCUUCCAAAUUGAAGUUGUAGCAGGAGAAAUCAAUGAUUCUGCCAAUUAUGAGAUGUUCUCAUUUCACAACGGAGGUGUAAAAGUUUUAUGCAAAUACCCUGAGAUUGUCCAGCAAUUUAAAAUGCAGUUACUGAAAGGGGAGCAAAUACUUUGUGAUCUCACUAAGACAAAGGAAAGUGGAAACGCCGUGUCCAUUGAGGAUCUGAAAUUUUGUAAAUCUCAGUUGUCCAACAACAGUGUCUCUUUUUUUCUAUAUAACUUGGAUAGUUCUCAUACCAGCUAUUACUUCUGCAAACUAUCAAUUUUUGAUCCUCCUCCUUUUCAAGUAGGCAUUCUUAAAAGAGAAUAUUUGCAUAUUUAUGAAUCACAAGUUUGUUGCCAUCUGAAAUUCUGGUUAUACUUAGGAUGUGCAGCUCUUGGUGUCAUCUGUGUUUUGGGAUGCUUAUUUACUUUUUGGCUCACAAAAAAGAAGUAUCAAUCCAGUGUGCAUGACCCUAACAGUGAAUACAUGUUCAUGGCAGCGGUGAAGACAGCCAAAAAACCUAUACUCACAGAUGUGACACCAUAAUCUGGAACUCUCUGGCCCUCAGGCAUGAACCACAUUGGCCAGUUUUCCCUAACCUGAGUACAAGAUUCCCUGGAUCACAGAUACUCUGACUUGAUUUGACCACAUACAUCUCCUGAUGGUGUUUUGUUCAUUCUGGACCAGUGACUGUAUCAGUCAAAAGAGAUUUUAACAGACUGCCUUGGUACUGCUGAGUUCUCGCAAAACAAACACCCUCUUGCAACUAGCCUUAUAGACGGCCCAGCUCCUGUGUGCUCAACAAAUAGACCUCUCUGGGAUGGAAUCUCUGUCCCCACAUCUGCUCCUAGCAAUGCACACAGCCAGCAAAACAAACACAUCUACAAAAAAUUUUAAAAGAUGCCUAGGGUACUGAAUCUGCAAAGCAAAUGAGCAGCCCAGGGCCAGCGUCUGCCUGCGUUUCACUAACAGACUACUUCUUCGUGCUGUGGGGAUAGAGCACUCUUCUUUUAAUCAGACAGUAGAGGGACACACUUCAGAACUGUAACUAUUUUAUUUCUGAAAUGUCCACAUGAACUAUACUGUCCUAAUACAAGUACAUACACAGCACUCUUUUCCAGUCUCUGAACCCCAUUGACCAUGCCACCAAGAGUGUAGGUGCUUUCUCUUGCCCUCAUCCUUUUAAGAUACUACAACAUAACUACCAGACAGUGUGACAGCCACUCUGAAUAGGGAGCUGUGUUUACAUUUUUCCUCUGUUUCUCACUCUUUCUCUGUGUGUGUAUAAAGAUAAAAUAUACAUACACAUAUAUAAAAAUAUAUAUACACACACAUAUAUAUAAAAUUAAUGAUGAAUAUAUUUGCCUGAAUUCUCCUUGCAAGAAUAUUUUUGCUCCAGAAAGACAUCUUAUUUCCCCAAAUUCAGUUAAAAUGGCUUACUUUGUUGACAUUAGUGGUAGGAAAGGAAACAUUGGCCAGAAUCAAAAGCAACUUCAUUUCAUUAUCCUGUUUUCUACCAUUUUAUCUAUGUUUUCAUGGUACUAUUAAUUACAAGUUAGGCUGUUUUUGUAGAUUAUAUUAAAAUUGCAAGCAAAACCAUCUUUAAUUGGCAAGCAUUCUCCUGGGGUAGAGCAAAUGAUCCAUUUAACCCUAAAGCUGCAGGUACUGUGGGUUGCUGCCAAAUGAUAGCCAGGCUGCCCCUGGGCUUGCAGGUCCGACUUGGUCCCCAUCAGCCUGGAGCAGCCCUCUAGACCUGGGUGGAAUUCCAGAGACUGAGGGACUCCCCUGGGCCAGGGACCACCAGGUGCUCUUGCCCCCAAAGGCUGAAGUCACCCUGGGCACCACAGUGGCUCCGCCUGCAUUUUGCCCUGUGGGAUCUGGGGAGAAACACACACAUCAGGGCACAAUUCCCUCUCUUAGAAACCAUCCAAACCUGGAAACUGGCCCUGGCCCUUCAAUAUAGUCCUCUUUAGAAUAUAAUUUGUCUAGAAAGGUUCUUAAAUACCUGUAACGUGAUUAUGCUUAGCUGCAAUAGUUUCCCCACUUCCUGUCUGCAUGCCCAAGGCUUCUGAAGCUGUCAGUGUAUCUGCAGCAACAUUUUUAACUUUAGGUAAAAUGGGGUUAUUCAGUAGUUUUAAAACUUGCAGUUGCCUGCUUAUAGUUUACUUUACAAGUGAGACCCAAUGUGUCAUUAUGCAUACUUAUAUUAUCUUAAGCAUGUGUAAUGCUGUAUGUGUACAGUACAGUACUGAACUUGUAAUUUGAAUCAAGUAUAGUGUUGUUUUUGGCUGACUUGGACAACCUGGCUGGCUUUGUGGGCAUGUUUCAUGAGUUGUUUGCAGCUUUCUGGGUGGGGGCUUGGGGUGAGGACAGCCUGCAUGGUGGCCUGCCUGGCCUGGUUGUCCAAGCUGUGCCUUGAAGCACGCUCAUUCCCAGCACUGUACAUUUCAAAGUGAAUUGUUAAAGAACAAAAUUUCCAUGAAAUAAAAUCUGGUUUUAAGAGGAGCCACUUAUCAAAUAGAGUUUGGUAAUAGUA